AUGCUAAAAAUCAAGCAAUAAAACAGAGUUCGGGGACUUACCUUUGCUUUCUGGAUUCAGAUGACGUGAUGAUGCCUCAGAGAGUCAGAUUACAGCACGAAGCCGCCAUCCAGCACCCAAACAGCAUUAUUGGCUGCCAGGUGACUCGAGAUCCCCAGGACUCUACAGAACGUUACACUCGUUGGAUCAAUCACCUCACCCCUGAACAGCUGGUCACCCAGGUGUAUACCGCCCAUGGGCCCACAGUCAUCAUGCCAACCUGGUUCUGUGCCCGAGAAUGGUUCUGCCACGUGGGCUCCUUUAACGAGGGGGGAAAGGGCACCCCGGAAGACUUGCUGUUCUUUUACGAUCACCUUCGGAAGGGCGGUGGACUCUACCGUGUGGACCAAUGCCUCCUUCUCUACCGCUACCACCCACAGGCCGCGACUCAUUCCGUGUUAGAAAUCACCAUCUGGAACCACCGAGUCCAGUUUCUAGAAGAGAGAGCUCUUCAACACUGGCCUUCUUUCACCAUCUGGAAUGCCGGCAAGCAAGGCAGGAAGCUCUACCGAAGCCUGACCCCAGCUAACCAGAAGAAGGUUGUUGCCUUUUGUGACGUGGAUGAAAAGAAGAUAGCGAAGGGAUGGUACACCUAUGAGGACUGCCAGGAGAGACCCAAACCCAAGAUACCAAUACAGCAUUUCAAAGACGCCAAGCCUCCUUUCGUGAUCUGUGUUAAGUUGGACCUGACCGGAGGAGAGUUUGAGGACAACCUGAAGACACUGCGCCUGCAGGAAGGACUGGAUUACCACCAUUUCAGCUGAGAGUCGCCAGGGGCUACUGGCCUUUUACCCUCACUGAGAUUUUCAGGACUCCUGGCUGUAGCACUUCCGACGACAGAGCAGACUUUAGGCUUCCUUCGACACAGAUCCAAAUAGACGGAUGGUAUUGUAGCUACCCCGGGGCUGAGCUUGGCAUUCAGCACCUAGUAAGUAGUUGACAGAUACCACCACUGUUAUGAUGAUGAUUAUAUUAUGGAUUACUUUAAACUUCCUGUAGGGCAGCCAACACUGUAGUGGAUUUCUCAGGCUUGGCUGUGUACUGUGUGGAAUGUUCCACUAGAGAAGGAAAGCUAUCUGGACCCUCCCCUUCCACGACGAGGAGCUCAACCUUUCCUGGUUCUAACCCAUCCAUGGUAUUUAUUGAGCGCUUACUGUGUGCAGAACACUGUACUGAGCGCUUGGAAGAGAACAAAACAAUAGAAUUAGUGGGCAUGAUCCAUGUCCUCAAGGAGCUUACAGUCCAAAGGGGGAAACAGGUGUUACUGUCAGUAAAUUUCUGAUACGUACAUAAGUGCUGUGGGGCUGAGGGUGAAGGGAAUAUUGAAUGCUUAGGGGUGCACAGGUGACAUAGAAGGGAGAGGAAGUUGGGGAAAAGAUGGUUUCAUCAGGGAAGGUCUGUUGGAGAUGUGAUUUU